UCUUUUUAUCAACGUCCAUUAUGGUUUAAUUUGGCUCUACUUGACAUAACCUCAAACCGAUUCCUAAAUUUGUAACCAUUUGUCGUAUUACUCUCCAAGAAGAUUGCUCGAAAAUUUUACAAUUUCCAUUAUCUGACAGCCCCCUUUCAGUCCGCGAUAUUACCCCAUUUGAGCCAUAUGACUGUUGACAAGAGCCAAUUUUUGACAGUUAUCGACGUCUCGCGCCUGUCAAUCCGUAAAAUGUAGCAAAGUAAAUACAAAAUCGUAAUUAAUUACACUUUGAUUAUAAAGAAGAUUUGGUUUUGAUUAGAAUCAAGCAUGGAAUAUACGGCUGAAAAUUUGGAAAAGGCCGUAACCUUAUUUUACAGAACCGAAGCGGGGCAACAAGCGGAGGCCCACCAGUGGUUAACCGAGGCCCAAAAUUCGCCCCAAGCUUGGAGCUUCGUAUGGGAAUUGUUGAGCCCCCACCGAAAUUCCGAAGUGCAGUUUUUCGCUGCUACAACUCUCCAUACGAAGCUGAUGAAACACUGGAAUGAAGUCCCCGAGGAUCAUUACGAGCUGUUAAAGAAGCGCAUUUUGGAGGCUAUCAUUAAUUAUGCCAUGGGCCCCAAGAUCGUCUUGAACAGGCUUUGCAUUACGUUAUCGGCUUAUAUUAUUCACACUGUCCCCACGCACUGGCCCAAUGCGUUUGAAGAACUGGUUUCGAGUUUCCAGCCCCAACAUCUGCCCAAUGUUGAGCCGGAAAGAGUCAUUUGGAUACUUUUAGAAAUCUUGACUGUGAUACCAGAAGAGUUUCAAAGUACGUUGCUAGCAGUAAGCCAAAGAAUGAGGGUACGGACGGUCUUACAAGACGUUUCCAAAGACAUCCUUAAAGUAGUUGAGAUGUGUCUUAUGCCACUUCCAAGUGCCGGCUUUGAUAUGCUAAAUUUGACGACGUAUUUAAACGCGGCGAGAUGCGCCUCCGCUUGGAUCCAGUUAGGGGGUUUAAACAUCGAUGAUUGUACUUCAGUUAUGAAUCUUUUAAUAAACUUGACAUGUUUCGUGUAUUGGAACAAGACGGAUCCUGAAUGCAUGUCUCCGGAAGAAAUGGAAUUGAUGGAAGUGACUGUGGAGGCGCUAACGACCAUAAUCCAGCACCCCCAUACUAACCGUUACCACAACCAUGUGAUGAAAUGCAGUGCUGACAUGUUGUACAAAUUUGAGAAAAUACUCGAAUGUGAAAGGAAUAGUCCCGAGUCUAAUAAAGACAUUGUGGCCAAUCUUUAUGGUUUGUUGGUGACCAUAGCUGACGUGCAUUCGAAGAUUUUCAUCAAUAAUUUGAAAUCGGAGAAUGUGGACGAGCAACGAAUCAGUUUCGAUUUUUUCAACUCAAUUUUGAAGUGUACAAAUCUGCCCGGCUUGUACCCCGUUGAUGAGUCAAGCAGUACCCUAACUUUCGGGUUUUGGUACACUUUGCAAGAUGAUAUCUUAUCGUUAGAAACCGCGGAAUGCGCCCAAUUGUUACUAAUGAUAAAACCGUAUUAUCGUGAUUUAGUUUGUAUAAUGUUGCGAAAGUCCAUGUUUCCGUUGAACGAAGACGGCGAUUGGUCGUUGGACGAUAAGGAAGUGUUCCGAUGUUACCGACAGGACAUCGCCGAUACGUUCAUAUACUGCUACAACGUUUUAAAUUUAGAAAUGCUUGAUAUUUUGAAUAGUAAAUUGAUUGAAGCUUUACACAAGAAUAGUACUUCAGUGGUUCCCCCGCCGAUUCAGUGGAACGAAGUCGAGACUUGCCUUCACGCAUUUGGAGCGAUUGCCGAGUCUAUCGAACUAGAAAAUUUGUAUUUGCCGAAGCUGAUGGUGACAAUUAAAGAAAUCCCAUUUACCGACUUGCAUAAAAAGGUCAUGGCUUCGGCUUUAGAAACAGUAGGCUCAUACUCGGAUUGGAUCACUGAGCAUCCCGAAAUGUUGCAAAAUGUAUUACCAUUGGUGAUUUCGGCUUUAGACAAGCCCGAGGUUGCCACUAGCGCCACCAUGGCAUUGAAAGACUUGACGCAUAGUUGCCAGAAGUAUUUAUUGCCGUACGCUGACCAUAUUUUAUUAGCGGCACAAUCUGCUUUGCAAGGGGGCGCUUUAAAAUUGGCCGAGUGCAGUAGACUUAUGUAUAGUAUAGGAAAAGUUUUGAGUAUUCUACCAGUUCCACGUAUUAUGGAGUAUCUCAAUAUAAUCUUGGCCCCCUCUUUUAAGGAAAUGCAAGAUUUGUUAAAUGUUGAACCGUCGCCAGCUGUGAAAACUUCACUAGUUACAAGACUUAAAGUUUUAUCGUCGUUAUUUAAUUCGCUAUGUGUUAAGAAGAGCCAAACGCAAAUUAUAGAACAACCGACUGUUUUAGUGAUGCAAAAUACAAUGCCGUUGUAUAAGGUCAUUGGUGAGAAGUAUUGCACAAGUGGGGACGUCAUGGAAGAGCUUAGUACUCUUUUGAAAUACGUUGUGACCACAUUAUUGGAAGACUGCACCCCCCUCAUUAACGACAUCCUUCAGUUAGUGGUAACAGUGUACCGGGAAUGCCCCCAAUCGAAUAUUUUAAUGGUCGCUAAAACGGUGGUGAUUAUGUUUGGCCACGAAGAGGAGUAUCGCGCUAUAACGCAGCAACUUUUGCACGAAAUAGUCAGCACAACGCUUCAAAUGUGCGCGCAAUUAAACAGUGCCAACCAGUUAGCCGAAAAAACCGACGUGCUUGAAGGCUUCUUCGCAAUGAUGGCUCAAUUAAUCAAAAAGCUUCCUCAAGUGGUGUUUGCCAGCGGUAUUGACACCGCUGCUUUGUUCCAGUGUGCCGUGCUGUGUUUGUCUCUACCAGAGACGCAGACUUUAAAAUUGUGUACUAGUUUCUUAGUGAACUUCAUUUCGCAAAGUCGCGAUACCGCUCAAGCUAAUAUUGUCCAAAAUUACGGUGAAAGUCUCGUUUUACGAAUUCUCGUUAAUUUAGGGAGCACCGCACCGAGGUCGUCCGUAGAUAUAUUCAGUGAUUUGUUACUUGCUUUAAAUAAAAAAUACUGUGAUAAUCUAAGUAGGUGGUUGAAUACUUUAUUGGCACAGGAAGACUUCCCGUCGCCGAGGAUUUCCAGACAACAAAAGGAGAAUUUCAUUAAACUCGUUUUGCGAGAGAAAGCAAACAAGAGAAAAUUAUGCGACUCGGUUUUGGAAUUUACCUUGAUUUGUAGAGGAAUUCUAAGGGAGGAUCCAAACAUGCCGUAAUUAAAAUAGGCCACCAUCUCCAAAGGUAUGAGUAUACCAUCAUCGUCGUCCAUAUACCCGUAGUAGUCCGCAUCGAUAUCUUUCAUCAUCUCCGCCCUUGUCUUCCGAGGCGGAGGCGGUGGCUCUUGCUCAAACAAUUCCCGGACUCCUGCAGCGUAAAGACAAUACUCCACUUGACUAUUCACAAUCACUUAGCAGAUUACGAUUCAAAUGUGAUGUUUUCUCGUUACCAACCACAAUAAUAGACCGUUUGGGUUUCAUGUAGAUAAACAAAAUUUGAAUAAAAGCCUCAA